CUCACUGCAACCGGGGUGGAGGAAACCUUCGUCUUUUGCUGCUGGAAGUCCGCAGAGAUCAAGGAGCAUUUACAAAACUCUAAGUGGUGCCAUCCGACAUCGCCUAACAUUGUGCGGUUUGUCAUCUCAGACCUGUAUCGUUCCCUCGGCGACGUGUUGCGCGAAGUUGACAUCAAGUGUCUCGUUCGUUCUGACUUUAUCCUGGUCUCUGGGGACGUGGUGUCCAAUAUUAAUAUUUCUACCGCUUUACAGGAACACAGGACACGGCGUAAGCUGGAGAAGAAUGUGUCUGUAAUGACAAUGAUAUUUCAAGAGUGUUCGCCAGGACAUCGGGCCCGAUGUCCGGAGGACGAUAUUAUCCUGGUUAUGGACAGCGCUACGAAACGCGUGCUCCACUAUCAGAGGACGCAAGGGCUGAAGCACUUCGGUUUUCCCAUGAGCUUGUUUCACAGCCACGUCGAAGAAGUGCAAGUGCGGAACGAUUUGCUAGACUGCCAUAUUAGCAUCUGUUCUCCCCAGGUGACCGAGCUGUUUACAGAUAAUUUUGAUUAUCAAACUCGGGAUGACUUUGUACGUGGCUUGUUGGUGAAUGAAGAGGUCCUUGGGAACCAGAUCCAUAUGUACGUGACCUCAGAAGAAUACGGCACCUCUGUUUCCAAUUUGUCGAUGUACGAGUCGGUGUCCUCGGACAUUCUGCAACGUUGUGUCUAUCCCAUAACCCCAGAGAUGAACUUCAUCAAUGGGAAGCAGAGCUGCACUCAUUCCCGCCACAAUAUUUACCGGGGUGCUGAAGUUAGUCUGGGCCAGGAGAGCGUGCUGGAAGAGAACGUACUCGUGGGGCAAGGAACGUCGGUGGGCAAAAAAUGUUGCAUAACCAACAGCGUCAUUGGGCCCAAUUGCAAAAUAG